AUGGCCAAAUUAGAUCCUUUCCGACGAUCACGUCGAUCAACAAUUAUAUCUCCGACUCGAUAUAUUCGUGAAUGGCAUUGGCAUGCACUAUCAGUUCUAGUUUGCAUCGCCUGUCUUCUAACAUUUAUCGCAGGAUACGUGAAUACAAUUUGUAUUGUAAAUGCAUUUCGUCUUCCGCUAACUGCUCUGACGGGUAGUACGUCAAAAAUGGCGAUUAUUCUCGCUCAAGGCCGCUUUGACAUUGCCUUUCAUUUCUUUUUAUUGAUCUUUUCAUUCGCUUGGGGCAGUUUUAUUUCGGCUGCGAUCAUCGGUGGUUCUUCGUUUCGAAUUCAACAUCAUUAUGGCUUUGUACUCUUUCUCGAAUCUAUCGCUCUCGGUAUUGGCAGUCUUUUCGAAAAUGUUCAUAUUUCAUUGAAUUCUCAUUGGGAAGCAUUAUCACCGAGUGCAUAUUUAGUAUGUUUGGGAUUUGGACUACAAAAUGGUAUGUGUACGACGUAUUCAGGUGCUGUUAUUCGUACGACACAUGUAACAGGAACAAUGACAGACAU